AUUGAAAUCAUAUUUCGUGAUAUCUUUGACAUACCUAUAGCUUUAAUUGUUAACAAUGCUGAAGUUGUUCAAAAGAGGAGUCUCCUUUGAUGGGAUGGACUGUAUUAAAGACCUGUCCAGCGCUGCCUAUAUGCAAGCGGGAAAGGCUCUGCAAAGUGCUGUUUCAUGGUAUUACCAAGCAAAUUAUGCCAAGUUUACGGUCUAUUUUGGGGUCGUGGUUAUAUUCAUAGCAUGCAUAAAAAAUAUCUGGUACCGUUCUUCUGAUAAGGUGUACUUGAAAUCGCACCAAAAAUCCUUGAAUCCAUCUUUAAUAUCUUCAUUGGUAGCGGUGCUGACUUCAUAUGGCCGUUAUAUAGGUUACAAACCUAUCAAUAGUUAUAUAUGUAGAGUUCUUGCACUCCCAACAUCGUUAGGUUCACUUUUGUUUGUCAUUGCCUCUACUGCAUACCUUGCGUGUUAUUGUUUCAUUCCUCAUUACUGGUAUAGAGGAUGUAGUGGGUUUGGUACUCCUCCACUUGCAAUCCGUGCUGGUGUCAUGGCAACAGCCAUUACACCCUUCCUUUAUGUAUUAUCAGGAAAAUCAAACAUGAUUACUCUAUUGACUGGUAUCUCAUAUGAAAAACUUAAUGGAUUCCAUCAAUGGGCCGGGAUCAUCACUCUUAUUCUUAGUAUUAUACAUGUCGUACCUUUUAUGUAUCAAGCAAUGGCAGAGGGUGGUGCUUCUUUCUUAGCUGAAACAUUUUCAUCAAAAGAUUAUUGGAGUGGGUACCCACCAUUUGUAUUACUUGUGGUGUUAUGUGUUGGUGGAAACUCUUGGUUCCGCUCCAGAAUUUAUGAAGGGUUCUUACACCUUCAUUGGAUGUGUGGUAUUGCCUAUUUUGCAACAUUGGUAUGGCACAUUAACAAUGCCUUAGAUAUGCAACGUUAUAUGUGGGGAGCAUUGGCAUUCUGGGCCACUCAAUUGAUUUAUAGAGCUCUUGUUAAGACAGCCUUUAGACCAAGUGCACUCUUCUUAAAACCAAGACCUGCAACUUUAACCAAAUUACCAAAGGGUACUUACGAAGUUGUUGUUACUAACGUUGCUGACAUGAAAUGGAAUCCGGGUCAACAUUGUUAUCUCCGUUUUGCUGGUUCAAGAAUUUUAGAUAAUCAUCCAUUUUCCAUCUGUAGUGUCCCAAGUACCGUUUCAGCAGACUCAAAUGAAUUGAGAUUCAUAAUCGUUCCAAAAAAGGGAUUAACAGGGAAGUUAUAUAAGGAAUUGGACGAGUCAAUCACUUUGAAAAAGAAAGUAUUCUUGGAUGGUCCAUAUGGCGGAACUGUAAGAGAUCCAUUGUCCUUUGAUAAUCUCUCUCUUAUUAGCAGCGGGAGUGGUGUCACUGUAUGUCUUCCAUUCCUUACACAUGUUACGCAACAUAUUGCAAAAUCAAUCGAAGCUGGUACUGCUUUUAUCCCUAAGGAUAUCCACUUUGUGUGGAUCAUUCGUCAUGAGGAACAUAUUGAUUGGAUACGUGAACAGCUCGAACAAGCCGUAUCCAUCGCUGGUGAUUAUGUCACUAUUGAUAUUUACGUUGCUAACCGUAAAGAAAUCCCAAGUGAUAAAACAGGAACAAUUGAUUCGCCAGCUGAAACAGAAAAAUGUAUAGAUUCCAGUUAUGAUUCAAGAUCAACAUUUCCUAUGGGAAUCAAUAUUCAUUACUUAAAACCAAAUAUCGAACAAAUUGUCUUGGAUUCAGAAAAGUAUUUGAAUAGAAAAACAAUGUUUGUUUCAUCAGGAAGUGGUUCCAUGCGUAAAUCUGUUGGAAGCGGGGUGUCUUCUCUUCAAACCUUGGUCUUUAACAGUGACAUGAACAGCCGUCCAUACCCUAUUGAAGAGAUUUAUCUUCAUACUGAGGCUUUUGGUUGGUAAACGCCUUAUAUAUUCCCCAUUAAUGAAUAC